AAUGAACCGGUGCACUUUUUUGAACUUCUAAAACAAAGCAACCAUUUUAUUUUGUCUCUGGCUAUCACAGCAGCAUGUCUGGUGUCCCCAAUCCUUACGGCGGUCGUCGACAAGACGUUGAUGAUGAUGAUGUAGGUGCUGACCGAAGUCACACAUUAAGCUUGGCGAGUUCUCAAUUCGAUUCACCGACUGUAGUGCACAGCAAUUAUUCUCCACGCGACAGUUAUGGGUUGCCUGGUCCAUCGUUGGAAUCGGGUAGCAGCACCACUGGCAAUUGGCUGCGCAUGGACGAUGGCCUAUUGGACGAUUCCUCUCGCGAUUUACCGUCUUAUCAGGAACUUUGUAGUGUGGAGCAAAAGCCACCUCCACCUCCACGAGGCCAAGAACCCCCCGCCAGUAAAAACGACGAAGCCACGAGCGUCUUGUCGACGGACCACCACGACUACACUCCCAGCUUUUAUAGUACGGGAUCGUCGGGUCGAUACGAACCUCCGGCUACCAAGGAAGAAUCGGGCAGUGUCUUGUCGACGGAUUUGAAUUUUGGUUUUAAUAAUAACAACAACCACCAUAACAACAACAAUUAUGGAAUCAGUGGUGGCACCAAUAGCAACAAUAGCAGUGUCGUGGCCACAUCCAACAGUGUCACCAUGAGCGGUGACAGUGGCAUUCGAGGCAGUCAAAUUGCCGCCAAUAAUUCGGGAUCUGGAAUUGGUUCUACCCAUACCUCAGCAGGAGAAAGCAGCACGCUGAGCAGCAGUCAAUUAUCGGCACCGCAACCCAACGACGACAAAUCCAUUUUCGUGCCUCCCAUGGGAUCCAGUAUUCUUCCUACUUAUCAGCAUCAUCAUCAAAAGAGCCAUAACUACAGUAAUACGGAAGGCACCACCAUUGUUCGCAACAACAAGACGGUGCCACCGAUUGCCGAAGAAGAUUAUCCAAAUAAUCAUUACGACAGGAGUGUCGCUGCCCGGCCCGUCGAAUCCAUGAUCGAAAAAGACGUCGCGAACGAAAUGGAUGAAGGACAACAACGAAAAAUGGCAACCAUGAUUCGAAUCAUGUACGUGGCCGUGGCGUUGGUCGUCAUUAUUGGGAUCAUUGUGGUCGUCGUUGUGGUCACCACUGGCGGCAACGACAGCAGCAACGCCACUACUGAAGCCAUGGCAAAUGGCGAACCCCUAUCGGCGGCGACUGCCGUGACAAUGGUGCCGACCGCAGCGACAACGGCACCGACUGGCUUGGACGAUAGUAUUGGGGAUUUGGAUGAAGGUGUUUUAUCCCCGACGACGUUGGCUCCGAUUGUACCAUCCGAAAACGAGACACCGACAACCACGAGCCCAACGGCAGGAAUAAUGGCCACUCCUGUGCCGACCCCAAUGCCUACGGAAAAACCAACAAUUCUCGUUACCACCACGACUCCAACCGUUGCCACCACGACACCAACCAUUGCCACGGAAAUACCUACAUUGAGUGUCACAUCCAACAGCCCAAGUUUCGCAACGUUCGCCGAUGGGGUGGACUUUACAGCACCAAACGACGGAGAUCCCAUUACGAUUCCGAACCCAGAUGAAAAUGCCUUCGAGGAAGUGGUAACGACCAAUACACCUGCGACGACAAACACACCAACAAGCGUCCUGACAACAAUCACACAAGCACCGACAGGAGCCCCAUCGACCAACCCGUUCGUUCCCGUCCCCACUAUUAAUCCGGUCACAGACCUGCCUGCAAUCUUCACCCAACCGCCAGUCAUUGAUCCUUCUUUGGAUACAUCCCUACCUCUUCCCUUUCCCUCUACGACGGGUCCUUCGCCGGCUGGUUCAGAGCUGGAUAUAAUAGCGCCUCAUGUCGAUCCGAACGUGCAUCUAUCGCCUGUAACGCUACAACCAACACCACAACCCACACCAGCAUUGACAACAACAACAAUGGAAUCUGGUGGUAUGAGUGCCACACCGUAUCCCACAACACCAGCAGCACUAGUAACCCCAUCACCCUCAUUGGUUGGGAUCCUCCCAGACUACACCCUCAAAUCGCUAGACGAACCAAAUUCACCCCAGUCGUUGGCUUUGCUUUGGGUGCAAGGUCUCCCAGAAUACGAGAAUUUUAGUGAUGCCAGAAGGCUGCAGCUAUUUGCUCUGACCACUUUUUACAUUUCCUUUCAAGGUGAGGAAUGGACCUCAGAAUUCGAUUGGAAUCUGGAAGCCGUCGGUGAUGGAGAGUGUUUUUGGUCGGAACAUGUGGCUUGCAAUGCGAGUGGUUUCUACACGGUUCUCGAGUUGGAUGACCAGAAUCUUCCAGAGGCGACAAUGCCUCCGGAGAUUGCCUUGUUGGAGGCACUAGAACGAUUGGUGAUUAAAAACUCUGAAUUGACCGAAUCUUUCGACGGUAUCAUACCCUGGGAGCUCGCAACGAAAUCACCUGUUACGUUAAGGGAAAUCAAUAUUGGCAACAGUCGGAUCACUGGCUUUGUCCCGAACUACAUUGACAUGUUCAGUGAUACACUGGAAGUGAUCCUUGCAUCGAGUAAUCUGCUUGUUGGCGAUUUGCCUUGGCCCCAGAUCUCAGCUCUAUCACACCUGAAGACGCUCGCCUUGCGGAAGAAUAACAUUGGAGGCACCCUCAGCAGCCUGAUUGGCAGAUUGGCAACAAAUCUGGACAACAUCAAUCUGGGUGAAAAUCAAUUGCAGGGAUCCAUACCAAGUGAGAUUGGCAAUCUGCGCUUGAAUCGUCUAUUUCUGGACCACAACAAUCUUCAGGGGACCAUUCCCACAGAGAUCGGGAGACUGGCCACAAUUCGACCUCAGGAAUACCCCAAUACUAUUGCUCUAGGGGCAAAUGCACUACUUGGUGCGAUUCCUUCUGAGAUUGGGAUGGUUUCUCGUUUGCAAAUUUUGGAUUUGAACAACAAUACUCUAAUGGGUGGGCCUCUACCUUCAGAGGUUGGAGCAUUGGGAUGGCUACAGGAGCUUCAUUUGCAGAACAUUGGGCUUACUGGCACUAUCCCAACUGACUUUGGAGCGCUGGUGAAUCUAGAAGAGCUCGAUUUGUCCGGCAAUCCUGGGUUGAUAGGUGUUGUUCCGGUGCAGCUAGCGGCCUUGAUUUCACUUCGCAGUCUGUACCUGAACGGGACCAGCAUAGAGGAAGUACCUAGCUGGGUCUGCAACGGCCUGCAGACCUUGGAUUCCUUGUUUGUGACAUGUGCAACGACUCUCUGUGGGAACACUUGUUAUACAUGUCAAUGUAUAGAACACUUGUGAUGCAUGUCAAUGUAUGGAUUAGGCUCUGGUGUCAUGAUAAAAUGGCAUCCAAUAAUGUAAAACUAUUAGCGUUUCUAUUCUUGGAAGAUCGAGUUC